UCGGAGAAGAGCCAAUACAAGCGGAGGGGAGGCGUGUCCUCGCUCCUCUACCAAGACCUCCCAGAGCAGGUUGUUGCGUUUUGGCUCUAAAGCCUGAAGACCUCCGAAGUGCUCGUCAGUUUUCCAAGUAGGAGCCAUGGCGACAACAGCUCAGUAUAUUCCGAGGAAUAACUCUUUACCGUCCAACCCGCUCAUGCAUCCGGACUCGGAUAGGAUGCACCAGGGGACGACCUACAGAGAGGUGCAGAAAAUGAUGCACCACGAGUAUUUGCAAGGGCUCGCGGCCACCAACACGGGGCACCCGAUGAGCCUGACCCACCACCAGUGGCUGCCCACCUCCAACACCGACUGGUCCAGCGGCACCCACAUCGCACAGCAGGAGCACAAAGCCAGCGUGCAGACGAGCCGGGAGGACCUGAGCAGCGGCUUCCACCACAGAUCUCACCUGGUGCACCAGCAGACGCAGAGCGGUCACCAUGGUUCGUGGGCGCCCGCCACGACGCACCACUUGUCUCCGCUGUCCCCAGCAUCCAACAGCCACCAGUCGCUGGUCUACUCCCAGCCCGGGUACACAAACCUGAACGCGAUGCUGAGUCCGCAGCCCGGCACUCUGCACCAUGGCAUGCGGGACCCGCUCCAUGACGACUCGGGCAGCCACGACAACCAGAUGGAGUCUCCCCAGCAGGCGUUCAGUCACCACCAGGACCACUCGGACGAGGACGCACCCUCGUCCGACGACCUGGAGCAGUUCGCCAAACAGUUCAAGCAGCGGCGGAUCAAACUGGGCUUUACGCAGGCGGACGUGGGCUUGGCCUUGGGCACGCUGUAUGGAAACGUCUUUUCUCAGACCACUAUCUGCAGGUUUGAGGCGCUGCAGCUCAGCUUCAAGAACAUGUGCAAACUUAAGCCGCUCCUAAACAAGUGGCUGGAGGAGACAGACUCAAACACCGGCAGUCCCACCAAUUUGGACAAGAUUGCUGCGCAGGGCAGGAAACGAAAGAAGAGGACCUCCAUUGAAGUGGGGGUGAAAGGGGCGCUGGAGAAUCAUUUCUUAAAAUGCCCAAAGCCAUCUGCUCAUGAAAUCAGCACUUUAGCCGGCACUCUGCAUUUGGAAAAAGAGGUUGUCCGUGUUUGGUUUUGUAACAGAAGACAAAAAGAGAAAAGAAUGACACCAGUGGGGGUCCCGCACCCGAACAUGGAGGACGUAUAUUCCCAAGCAGAGACCCCUCCUCUACACCGCACACUACAGAGUCCUGUGCAAUGACUGUUUUCAUGAACAAUUUGAGCAAUUUCCUGCAGGAGGGGAAAAGAGAAAAGAGAAAGAUAAGGGACUUAAGGAGUUUACAGUAUUUAAGUUUGGCUUUUGUUUUCCAGAGAGAGAAAAAGAGACAUGGAAAAGUUGAACAGACGAGUUCUCGCCCUUAGUAUUUGGAGAUCGUCGUGUCCAACUAAUAGAUGACAGGAGGAGGGAAAAUGUAAGAAAAAGAAAAACACGAAAAAAAAAUCAAUUCUGUGCGCAUUUAAAGUGAAAACAAAGAUCUUUAUUUACCAAAAUGAUACAGAGGAGACAUGAGUAUAAAGUGAAUUUGAUAUCCCAUGGCUGUUUCAAAUGGGGGAGUAAUUAAAAGUGUCAACUGAGGCCAAUAUCUUCUCCCCUGGUGUAAAAUGAACUGAACCACAACAAAGUGGCUGCCUGAAAAUGAUCAACACUGGAGCUGAAAAGCCUUCAUACACUGAAUGAACAUUUUAUUUUUGCUUUUUCCUCAUGGGCGUGAACUGAUUAACCAGAUUUCUGAAUAUUGGUGUAUACUUUCUUUGUUAUAUUAAGUGUGAUUGUGUUUUUUGGUUUGGAAACAUCUUUUUAACAUCAGUGUCUCUCUUUUCUGCAGGCUGUCUAUUAUUUCUGUCCUUUGUUUUGUUUGUCGUUUUUUUGCUAAACAGAUGCUGAAACUCAGAGCAGCCUCUUUUGAAAUCUUUUCAUUUCUUCUUCUUCUCUGUUUACUCAGUGAAAGUUGGUGGUGGAUGAAAAGUGCACCAGAAAAAUCUCACACUUAACGCCAGACACAUUUCAAAUUCUUCUUCUUCUUUUUUUAUUUUUUUUAUUUUAUAAGUCCAGUGCAACAGGACGUGUUCGAUCUGACUGCAUGCCUUAAAAAUAUUUAAAGCUUUGCAGCUGAUAACGUUGUAAACAGCACCAGACGCUAAAAAGGGCAACAGGCAUUCCUUGUUUUCUUUUGAAAAGAAAAUCACUGUUUUUCUUUGCAUGGAGCACUUAUUCUUGUUUUUGUUUUUGUUAAUAUUAUUAUUGCAAUUUUUACACAAGUUAAUUAAAAAUAUGUGAGUGGAGCUGAUCUCACACAUGAUGAUAAAGCCCCAUGUUUACAGGUUUCUGGUUUUCACCACAUGCAGAGAGCGCGGUGUGUCCUGCAGCGCACUCUGCUUCAUCCCUCUCCUCCAACAACAUUUCAAGAGAGAGAGAGAUUGGUCAAAAAAAACAAAAAAGAAAGGAAAAAACGAAACGAAAAGUAAUAAUAACUCAGGUAACUUCAGUGCCCCAUGUCAGAAAAUCACGCCUGUACAUGAUUGAUUCUGUUCAUUUGUGUUCUUUUUUAUAUUUUUCCUUUUUCUAAAUGAUGUGUUUGAAUCUGGUCAGAGCCACACCGCUCUCCUUUGUCCCAUGUAGUCAUUGUAUUAUAGGAAAACGCUGGAUUCGGAGAUAAUAAGAAAAAUAAUAAUAAUAAUUCCUUGAGGGGAAGCGAUGAAGGGACUCCUUUAGAUAUAUUUAUUUUAAUUUUUUUAUCUGUCCUGAAAGGAAAUCUGAAAAUCUCAUGCGUGUCAUUUUCUCCUAAAGCCUAAAGCAGCAGUGCUCUUCACUACAGACGAGGGAUUCUUCUUUUUUUCCAAGAAAAAAAAAAUAGUGAUAAUAAUUUAAAAAAAAAUACAAACAAAAAAAAAAACGAACAAACACAGAUUUUAGAGAAAAUGUUGCCAGGAUUAUUUCCAAUGUGUAAAUAUGUCCAAUAUGUAAACUUGUAUUUGUUCUGAGAUCUCGUUUUGUUUUUGUUUCUUGUUUCUUUCCGGGCAGUUUUGUACACUUACUAAUUCCAAGAAGAUAUUUUAAUAUGAUUUCAUUUAUGAAUCUGACCAUUUAUAUAUAUAUAAAUAUUUAUUUCUUAAACGUGUUUGGAGCUUUUUUUUGUUGUUGUUUUUUUAUUUGUUCAGCACUGUUAAUAGUUAUGUUGCAGUGGAUUUCAGUCUGUUUUUUGUUUCCCUCUAUUGUUUACUACAUUGGUUGUAUGUUGAUUGCUAAAUGUAGACUGCGAAGUCACAUUUAUAUUUAUGUUAUAGUAAUAUUUUAUUACUUACAUAAAACAUAUAUACAAGAAA